AUGAUAACUGUUGGUCUAAAACCGAAAUUCUUGAAUGAGGAAGAAACAAAUAUUGUCUUCUCUGAAGGAUCAACAGCCAUCUUGGGAUGUGGCGCUAUAAGCAUCCCGCCUCCAACUGUAAAAUGGUAUCACAACGACCGUGAAAUAGACGAAACUUCAAUGGAAAGGUAUUUCAAAAUGAAUCUCAGUGAUAUUGGGAAUUUCACGUGUAAAAUAAGCAAUGCAUUUGGUGAAAUAACAAGGACUUUUAAUAUCAACCUACCAAUCUCACAAGGUUGGUAUUACUAUACAUAUAUGUAUCGAUUUAUUUUACAUAUUUUAUUUUUACAAUACUUAAUAUCAAAAUGGAGGAAGAAAGUGAGAAAAUAUGCUUAUAAAAACCGGUACUCG